UGGAGAGAGCCUCUGUUUGUGUGGCCCUUCACAUGCAGACUGUCAGGGCUGUCCUCCUGAGAGACCUGUAUCACUGACAGAUUUUUGGAGUGCCCUAUAGCCAGGAGGAGCCUGAGAUGGGGCACUGACCAUAAGUAACUCAGAGCUGAAGAAAGAAUGCUGCUUGGCUUAGGCCCACACUGUUGGGUCUCCACACAGUCCUUGUGAAUUCAAGAAACUGCUUCCAGUUUGGGGUGACUAUUACAGCUUCCAAGAUGUUGCUAUGAGGAAAAGAGUCAGCAAUGACUGAUGUGGAGCCCCUGGUGACAGACUUUGCAGCAUCGGGCCGGGCAGGCCGCCGGAAUGCCUUACCUGACAUCCUGGGCUCUCCUGCUGGUGCUGGGACCUCAGACUUGCCACACAAACUGGCCGAGCUGUCUGUUUCAGAAGGUAGCACCUAUGAAGGAGCAGAGGGUGGAGAAGUAUCAUCAUCCAAAGCCUUGCUGGAAAGUCAAGAAGCAGAGGGAAAGAGCAGCAAUUCCUAAUACCUAAGGACUGUUCGACUGAUGAAACCUAUCGACAGACUUUGCAGAGUUUCCCUGUGUUACCUAUUUUGAAGUGUGGUAGCAACUGCAACAGCACAAGACUUUUGUGACACACUUAUAUCUAGAUGGCUUUAACAUGGAACUACUGUUUUUUUUCUGCUGUCGUCCCUCAGAAACAAUGUUCUACACAUCCAAAUGGGAAAAGAACUAAAGAAUGCAUCUGUUCUGUUGCUUUGGUUUUUCUUUUAAUGGUUACUUUAUUCAUCCAAACUAAUCUUCUUUGACAGUUUUAAUGAUCAUAGAUAGCAGAUGUACCAGGUAAUGAUUGCUUUAAAAUAAAAGUCCUAUUUCUUAAUUUUCUAAAGUAGCUUCUUUCUCUCUUAAACAGAGGUGUAUUCACUCUCCCUACCUUAAGAUAAUGAGUACUUAUUAUAUUACAGACCCAACCUGCAGUAUAUCUUCAGAGAUUUUUUUUUUCUCAUUAGGGAUAAGUAGAUGGAUGUGACAAAUAGAAAAACUAACCUUUUUUUCUCUCUUUCUCCUAACUUCAAAGCAUUUUGUUUAGCACUUAAACUACCAGUGUUUGUUUUUGAACUCUCUUUACACUCUGCUUGAUUAUGGCAGAUCAUCUCACCUAUCCCACUUCUAGCAUUCUUGCUAUUUCUGUCAUUUCUGUUUUCAGGCUUAAUACUGUAGCUGUUCAUGUGUAUCUGAAAUCAAAUAGCCAUGUUUGUAAGUGAUUAAAACUGUUCAUCUCACUAUGGAAAUUAAAUAGCUAUCGUAUUUUCUGUCUCCUGUUGAA